CAACACCAUUCCUUCCCUCUGCCCGCUUGUCGCCACAUUGAAAUCUCGCCAUCGUCCCUUCACUUGGAAUAAGCGGCCAUCAAUCAAUCGAUCAUUUUUCUGUGCCUUCCUAUAUUUCGCAUCGUUCCAUCCCGCCUUUCGAUAGCGAAUCGGUGACCUUGCCAACUCAGUCUGUGACAAAAACUUCCUUCGCCCCCCUGCUAGAUCUUGUUAUAGACGUAUACGUCGGACAUGAAUACCAGUACUAGAAAUCUCGCAAAACUCAAGAAGGCCGCCAGAAUUAUUCUUGUUGGCCCCCCGGGAUGCGGGAAGGGUACACAGUCCGGGAGGUUACUGGAUCAUUUCAGACUGACUCCCAUAUCCUCGGGUGAUUUGUUGAGGGAGAAUGUGGGUCCGAGUUCUUUUUGGGCCACCAUUUUGUGGGGCCAAUGACAUGUGCUCGUGAACGGUUGUGCUGACCCGUGAUUUCCCACACUUUCUACAGGUUCGCAACCGGACGCCGCUGGGUAUCCAACUACCAUUUUCGAUUCCUUUUUAGCAACUAGUAUUCUGGAUAUUGAGCAUGAUGACUGAGAUUUCUUUCUUUUGUUUCUUGCAGGAAUCCAGGCCGAGACGGUAAUGCGUUCCGGUGGACUUGUCCAGGACUCCUUGAUGGUCAAACUUAUCGUCGGAGAACUCUCCAAACGCGGAUGGGUUGAAACCCGUGGUAAUUUGACUUCUGGAAUUUGUCUUACGGGACCGUUAUCAGUUAUCGGGGGCCCAAUAACGCCAAGAGCAUCAGAUUCUCCGACAGCUAGUUUCCUUCUCGACGGCUUCCCCAGGACAAAGAACCAGGCCCAAUCUUUGGAUUCUGAGGUCGCCAUGAAUUUGGUUUGUUCACCCUUCCCGACGGCAAGGUUGGCCGUGUUUGCUGAUAUGUUGUACUCAUUUUAGGUUGUUAACCUCGAUGUCCCUCGUGACGUUAUCUUGGAUCGUAUUGCCAACAGGCUUGUGGUGAGUUCGCCUUUUCUCCCCGGACAUACAGAUUCUGAUACAUUCGAGUAGCAUGAGCCCUCUGGCCGCAUCUAUAAUAUGACCUGGAACAAACCCAAGAAUCCCGGUGUCGACGAUGUUACUGGGGAGCCUUUGACUCGCCGUCCAGAUGAUUCUCCGGUAGGCAUUAAUAUGCAAUAAGCAAUGCAUGAUUUUUUACUGAUCCUGGAUUAGGAGACCUUCUCUAAGCGUUUGAAAUCUUAUGCUGAGGUUACCGAGCCGCUUCUUGAACAUUACGACAAAGCGGGUGUUCUCUGGACCGUAUCUGGCUCUACUAGUGACGAGAUCACUCCUCAGCUUGAUGCUGAGAUCCUCAAGAGGUUCGGCUAGAUGCGUCCCUGGGCUCACCCAUUCUGCCAGCAGAGUGGAAACGCCUGAACCUUUUCUUUAAAUAUAUAUUUCAUGUUACACACUUUCUGACUCUUCUUUUUCCUGUUGCUCUUGCACCGACUGGAACCUUCCUUAUAAUGAACAUUCAUGGCUAAUGGCGUUUCCUAUUUUUACUCUAUUUUGCCGCUGGAGCCGUACUCUUAUGUGUUUUUAUUACGACUUCAUUCUUUUCUUUUCUUUUCAUUCAUUCAUUCAUUUUUUUUUCGAGCGUGAUGGGGGUUAGUGGUGUUUGGUUUUACUAGGGCACAUUGUGGGACACAAUGGAUUUUCUGUUUUUCUUUUUAUGGACGUGGACUAUGUACAAAUUACCAGAGGGUUCGCGAAAAUGGAAAAAUAGGGCUGACAAGACUUUGGCUGAUCUUUGGCUUUUGGAUCAAAUCACAAUUAUUUUUGCAUUUCCUCUUGUAUGCAGUGGUAAUGCGUGGGGAUUGUGGGCCCGAGCAAAUGGUGCUUUGCGGGCGUAUGAGGGUUCACGAUAGACUAGAAUACCGUAAUAGACUGGAGGCUGUUGGGAUCCAGUGGAAAUGGGUUUUAGAGUUGGGUUUGUCAUCUAAAUUAGGUUACCACAAUAGCCUCAUUCCGCUA